AUGUGGACUCGGUUAAAUCUUGCGGCUGCCUUAAUACUACUUGCGGCGGCUGGGACCAACGCACAGCAAAAAGCUCGGAAAAAUCACACUAUUGAGCAGACUGUUCCCCUGCGAACACAUUCAAUUUAUGCCCCUUAUGUCGACCAAGAUCUACAAAAUAGAUGGUUUUCCUUUGGUGGAAAUGCCUACGUGAACACCAACAAACAUAUCCGACUUACACGAGACAAACCCUCUCAAGCCGGAUGGCUCUGGUCGCGCCUGCCCUUGACCGCGUCAAGUUACGAAAUCAUUAUCGAAUUCAAGGCGAGUUUGACUUGGGAUCAAUGGCUCAUGGCUAUUAACACGUUGAUCGCAGACGGAUUCGCAAUAUGGUUAACCGACACACGCACCGAAUCCGGGCCAGUAUUUGGCUCAGUUGACAAGUUUGUGGGACUUGGUAUCUUCAUAGAUACAUACGCCAACUCGAGACAUACCUAUGCGUUCCCUCGUAUCAUGGGCAUGUUGGGAGAUGGUAAGACGGUCUAUGAUGUCGGAAACGAUGGUGCUUCAAACGAGCUUGCUGCCUGUUCGGCGAAUGUCAGGAAAACGGAUAUCGCGACAAAGCUCAAGUUGACAUACUUCAAGGACGAGUAUCUCAACGUUCAACUGCAUUACAAAGGCUGGGACGAAUGGACAGAAUGUUUCACGGUAUACGACGUUUCCCUUCCCAACACGCCGUAUCUAGGAUUCACCGCCCACACCGGAGAUAUAUCCGAUAACCACGACAUCAUCUCGGUCUCGACGUCAUCGGCUAUCCUCGCCGAUGCGCCUAUAAACAUGCCCACAAAGAAAUCAGGCUCCUCGUCCGGGUUCUGGACCUUCCUCUCCUUCCUCGUCAAACUCGCCGGUGUAUCUCUGGUCGGUGUCGCAGCGCUGGCGGGAUACCGAGCCUAUGCCCGAAACGCAAAGCGCCGUGGAGGAUUUGGGGGACUGGGAGGGGGAAUGCCACAAUGGGAUAACAAGCACUUUUAA